AUGUGUAAGAAGAUAUCACAAUUGCUGCCGGCGACACUGGCAUGGGGCCUGAUCCUGAUUUGCUCGGCUUGUUUCUACUAUAUGCUGGCGCCGGCUAUCAUUACAAAGUUUGGUUGGGUCGGAGGCACAUUUUGUGUGACGGACUUCCUCAUCUUUCUGCUCGUCGUCUCUAAUUUGAUCAUGGCCAUGUGCAUGGACCCCGGGAAAUUGCCGCUAGCGGUGAGUUCUGAAGACAACAGUCAGCUAGACGAUUUUAAAUCGCCGCUACACAAGAACGUCGAAAUCAACGGGAUCAUAGUGCGCAUGAAAUGGUGCGUGACUUGCAAGUUCUAUAGGCCGCCACGCUCUUCCCAUUGUUCUGUGUGCAACAGAUGUAUUGAUGCGUUCGAUCAUCACUGUCCAUGGGUACACAAUUGUGUCGGCCGACGAAACUACCGCUACUUUUUCUACUUUCUGCUGUUCCUCUCGCUGCACAUGCUUCACGUCUUCUCGUUGUGUCUCUCCUACGUUCUGGCGGCCAAACUGGUCAAAGAGGAGAUGUUGACGCGACCGAACAUGUGCGCCGUGGUCCUGCUGCUCGUCAGCUUUCUGCUCGCGUUUCCAGUGAUCGGGCUGACGAUCUUCCACAUUGUCCUGGUUUCUCGAGGUCGCACGACAAAUGAACAGGUGACUGGCAAAUUCCAGAAGGGAUAUAACCCUUUUACCGCUUCCUGUUGUGUCAACAUCAAGACGACGCUUUGUGGAAGUCAAUUCCCUUCAUAUGAGAUCUAUGCGUCUAACAGAGCAAGACUUGUCGUGUUGGGUGCGAAUAAACAAGCUAGAAAGGGAAAGAAGGCGCUUCUCCUCGAAGAUGAUGACGCCGUGAUGUACGUGCCCGAUCAGCACACCAUGGAAUCGAACACAAGAGGGCCUAUCCGGCUGAAGAAACUGAAGCUGGCCGACAGUGAGAGUGUGGGAACGGCUCUAUCGCUGACGGAGGGGCUGACACGCGAUUCGGACAAUCAUCUCGGAAAAGAGAAGGCCGUACAAGGGGGAAGCACCUGCAAUCUCUAUGAUGACAUGAAUAGUGUGCGAUCACCCGAAAAGACGGCUUAUGAAGCUAGCCUGGAAGAAGCCUUCCGUGGAGCGGAAGCUGUCAAUUCGCCGACGAAGUUCGACGGAAGUCGCAGCGACUCCUUCCAAAAUGCGGACAGCGUCUCGAAUUCCCGGACGACCAACCACACGCAUUCCGUCGUCUACGAGCCCAGAUUGCACUCGACAAAGAUUCUGAAUGGUGACCGCAGUCGGCCCCUGAACUUCACCGACGCCGUCCGACUACACGAUCAACUAACGUCACCCUCGACGAAAGCUGUCCCGUUG